CUUGCUGCCUGACAGACUCGGCAGCAGCCUCUCCCCGGCUGGCUCAGGAGCAGAGGGGGAACCUGCAAGACUGAACACAGAGGAUGCCUUCCCCUUUCUAGUUAGGAGACACUUUAAGCAUUUCCUUCUUUGUUGACCACGUAGACUGGUGAAGGUGAAUUGCUUUAGGGGUGAAGGUGAGACUGGACGCAGCCAUGGAGAAAGCCGGGAGUGAGACGCCCGGGAACCCUGAGCAGUCCUACCUGGCGACUCUGUGUGACUCCCAGGUGACCCUGCUGUCUGUCCACAAGCAGUGGUCCUUCAGGAGGAGCCCUGGGGUCAGGGGCCCCUCCAGGCCGGCGCCUUCGGAGGAGGAAGGCUCUCCCCCAUCACUGGAGGGAGAAUGUUCCCAGAAGGUUUUGAAUGGAACACGGGAAAUCAGUUCCAGUCAGAUCCUGUCUAAGCUUCCUUUGCCUGCUAGGGGCCGGGAACCAGAAAUGAAGCAGAGUUUUGCCUUUGACAAUGCUGGCUAUGAAGGUAGUCUGGAUGGUGUGUGCCCUCCGCAGACAUCCACUGGCACCAUCAGCAUAUUGGGCAUGACCUGCCAGUCAUGUGUAAAGUCAAUUGAGGGCAGGAUUUCCAGUUUGAAAGGCAUUGUGAGCAUUAAGGUUUCCCUGGAACAAGGCAGUGCAACUGUGAAAUAUGUGCCGUCGGUCAUGAGCCUGCCACAGGUUUGCUGUCAAAUUGAGGACAUGGGCUUUGAGGCCAGCAUCGCAGAAGGAAAGGCUGGCUCCUGGCCUUCCAGGUCCUCGCCCUCCCUGGAGGCCAUGGUCAAGCUGCGAGUGGAGGGCAUGACUUGCCAGUCCUGUGUCAGCUCCAUAGAAGGCAAGAUCGGGAAACUGCAAGGAGUAGUGAGAGUCAGAGUCUCACUGAGCAACCAAGAGGCAGUCAUCACAUAUCAGCCUUAUCUUAUUCAACCCCAAGACCUCAGGGACCAUGUAAACGACAUGGGGUUUGAAGCUGUCAUCAAGAACAAAGUGGCUCCCGUGAGCCUGGGACCAAUUGAUAUUGGGCGGUUACAGAGCACCAACCCAAAGACACCUUCAACUUCUAUUAACCAGAAUGCCAGUAACUCAAAGACCGUGGGACACCAAGGGAGCCAUGUGGUCAUGCUGCAACUGAGAGUAGAUGGAAUGCACUGUACUUCUUGUGUCCGGAAUAUUGAAGAAAAUAUUGGCCAACUCCCAGGAGUUCAAAAUAUUCAAGUGUCCUUGGAGAACAGAACUGCCCAAGUACAGUAUGACCCUUCUCGUAUCUCCCCAGGGGCUCUGCAGAGGGCCAUUGAGGCUCUUCCACCAGGGAACUUUAAAGUUUCUCUUCCUGAUGGAGCAGAAGGGAGUGGGACAGAUAACAGGUCUUCCACACACCACUCCCCAGCCCCCUGCCAGAGUACCCAGGUGCAAGGCACGUGCUGUACCCUGGUGCUUGCCAUUGCCGGCAUGACCUGUGCGUCCUGUGUCCAAUCCAUCGAAGGCUUGAUCUCCCAAAGGGAAGGCGUGCAGCAAAUAUCAGUCUCGUUGGCCGAAGCGACUGGAGCGAUUCUCUAUGAUCCCUCUGUAAUUAACCCAGAAGAACUCCGAGCUGCUGUAGAAGACAUGGGGUUUGAGGCUUCGGUCGUUUCUGCAAACUGUUCUGGAAGCGACAGUGCAGCCAAUUCCACAGCGCAAACUGCAGCUGGCACACCCGUGUCCACACAGGAAGUGGCUCUCCACGCUGAGGGGCCCCUGAAAAACCAUAGCCCUGGCCACUCGGCAAAGUCCCCGCAAGCCUCCGCAACAGUGGCACCACAGAGGUGCUUUCUACAGAUCAGAGGCAUGACCUGUGCGUCCUGCGUGUCUAACAUAGAGAGAAACCUGCAGAAAGAAACUGGUAUUCUCUCCGUGCUGGUUGCCUUGAUGGCCGGAAAAGCAGAGGUUAAGUAUAAUCCGGAAGUCAUCCAGCCACUUGAGAUAGCUCAGCUCAUCCAGGACUUGGGCUUUGAGGCGGCAGUAAUGGAAGACUACGCAGGCUCAGAUGGCGACAUUGAGCUGAUCAUCACCGGGAUGACCUGUGCUUCCUGUGUGUACAACAUAGAGUCUAAACUUGUAAGGACGAAUGGCGUCACCCAUGCCUCCGUAUCCCUUGCAACCAGCAAAGCCCAGGUGAAAUUUGAUCCUGAAAUUAUCGGUCCACGAGAUAUUGUCAAAAUUAUUGAGGAAAUCGGCUUUCAUGCUUCUCCAGCCCAGAGAAACCCCAACGCUCAUCACUUGGACCACAAGGUCGAAAUAAAGCAGUGGAAGAAGUCUUUCCUGUGCAGCCUGGUGUUUGGCAUCCCUGUUAUGGGUUUAAUGAUCUAUAUGUUGAUACCAAGCAGUGAACCUCACGAGUCUAUGGUCCUGGACCACAACAUCAUUCCGGGACUGUCCAUUCUAAAUCUCAUCUUCUUUAUCUUGUGUACCUUUGUCCAGUUCCUCGGUGGGUGGUACUUCUAUGUUCAGGCCUACAAAUCUCUGAGACAUGGGGCAGCCAACAUGGAUGUGCUCAUCGUGCUGGCCACGAGCAUCGCCUACGUCUACUCUGUCGUCAUUCUGGUGGUGGCCAUUGCCGAGAAGGCUGAGAGGAGCCCUGUGACUUUCUUUGACACACCUCCCAUGCUCUUUGUGUUCAUUGCCCUGGGACGGUGGCUGGAACACGUGGCAAAGAGCAAAACCUCAGAAGCCCUUGCCAAACUCAUGUCUCUCCAAGCCACAGAAGCCACUGUCGUGACCCUUGGCGAGGACAACGUAAUCAUCAGAGAAGAGCAAGUACCCACGGAGCUGGUGCAGCGGGGUGAUGUCAUCAAGGUUGUUCCCGGGGGAAAGUUCCCAGUGGACGGGAAAGUCCUGGAAGGCAAUUCCAUGGCUGACGAGUCCCUCAUCACAGGAGAGGCCAUGCCUGUCACCAAGAAACCCGGAAGCACAGUGAUUGCCGGGUCUAUAAACGCACAUGGCUCUGUGCUCGUUAAUGCCACCCAUGUGGGCAACGACACCACUUUGGCUCAGAUUGUGAAACUGGUGGAAGAGGCUCAGAUGUCAAAGGCACCCAUUCAGCAACUGGCUGACCAGUUUAGUGGAUAUUUUGUCCCAUUUAUCAUCAUCAUUUCAACUUUGACGUUGGUGGUAUGGAUUAUAAUCGGUUUUAUCGAUUUUGGUGUUGUUCAGAAAUACUUUCCUAACCCCAGCAAGCAUAUCUCCCAGGCAGAGGUGAUCAUCCGGUUUGCGUUCCAGACGUCCAUCACAGUGCUGUGCAUUGCCUGCCCCUGCUCUCUGGGCCUGGCCACACCCACGGCGGUCAUGGUGGGCACUGGCGUGGCUGCCCAGAACGGCAUCCUCAUCAAGGGAGGCAAGCCCCUGGAGAUGGCCCACAAGAUAAAUACUGUGAUGUUUGACAAAACUGGCACCAUUACCCACGGGGUCCCCAAGGUCAUGCGGGUCCUCCUGCUUGUGGACACAGCCACACUGCCCCUCAGGAAGGUUCUUGCUGUGGUGGGGACUGCGGAGGCCAGCAGCGAGCACCCCUUAGGCGUGGCUGUCACCAAAUACUGCAAAGAGGAACUUGGAACAGAGGCCUUGGGAUACUGCACGGACUUCCAGGCGGUGCCAGGUUGUGGAAUCGGCUGUAAAGUCAGCAGUGUGGAAGGCAUCCUGGCCCAUCGCGAGCACCUGAGCGAACAGGCCGCUCCCCUGAACGGGGUUGGCAGUGUUCCUGUGGAAACAGAUGUGGCCCCCCAGACCUUCUCCGUGCUGAUUGGAAACCGAGAAUGGAUGAGGCGCAACGGCUUAGCCAUUUCCAGCGACGUCAGUGACGCUAUGACAGAUCACGAGAUGAAGGGCCAGACCGCCAUCUUGGUGGCUAUUGACGGGGUCCUCUGUGGGAUGAUCGCCAUUGCAGAUGCCGUCAAGCAGGAGGCCGCCCUGGCUGCGUACACGCUGAAGAGCAUGGGUGUGGACGUGGUUCUGAUCACGGGGGACAACCGCAAGACAGCUCGAGCUAUUGCCGCCCAGGUUGGCAUCAACAAAGUCUUUGCAGAGGUGCUGCCUUCUCACAAGGUGGCCAAGGUCCAGGAGCUCCAGAAGGAAGGGAAGAAAGUGGCCAUGGUGGGAGACGGGAUUAACGACUCCCCGGCCUUGGCCCGGGCUGACGUGGGCAUCGCCAUCGGCACAGGCACAGAUGUCGCCAUCGAGGCGGCUGACAUUGUUCUCAUCAGAAACGACUUGCUGGAUGUUGUUGCUGGCAUUCACCUCUCCAAGAGGACUGUCUGGAGAAUACGGCUCAACCUGGUGCUGGCACUGAUUUAUAACAUGGUUGGGAUACCCAUCGCAGCAGGUGUCUUCAUGCCCUUUGGGAUUGUGCUGCAGCCAUGGAUGGGCUCGGCGGCCAUGGCAGCCUCCUCCGUGUCUGUGGUUCUCUCAUCUCUGCAGCUCAAGUGCUAUAAGAAGCCAGACCUGGAGAGGUACACAGCCCAGGCCCAGGGCCACAUGAAGCCCCUGACGGAGUCCCAAGUCAGUGUGCAUGUCGGCAUGGACGACCGGCGAUGGGACUCCCCCAGGGCCACGCCCUGGGACCAGGUCAGCUACAUCAGCCAGGUGUCGCUGUCCUCCCUGAAGUCCGACAAGCUGUCUCGGCACAGCGCCACAGCUGACGACGGUGGAGACAAGUGGUCUCUGCUCCUGAAUGACAGGGACGAGGAGCAGUGCAUCUGAAAGCUCCAGGCCGAUGCAGACUCAUGGGCCCAUCUCCCAGCCGAGCAGCUACUCGAGCCCCACAGGGGCAGCGCCAGCAGCCAGCAGCAGGGUGGGCGAAGCCUCGGGGACUUCCACUCCCUGGAUAUUCUAGAUCAUUCCUCCCUGCAGCACGUGGCCUUGGACAGAUAUGGCUCCCCAGUAGGACCACCCUGCCUGGGUCCCACAGGCACAGGCUGAGACCUCACCCAUGCUGUUGGCGUGGGCUUGUUGGACUCUAGAAGAGGGAGGACAGCCAGCCCUCCUUACAGACCUCUGCUUCAGUGUUUGAGAAGACUACUUGUGAAAUGAGGAAAAUUUCAUCAGGACCAAAAACUUAGCUGGGCCUUUCCAUAGAGCUCAUGAAAAACCUCGGUGCUGUCCUCUUUGGUACAAUGACCACAUGCGUCACAUGUCUGAAACCACAAUUUACCUCAAGUGCACCUGUUUGUUUCUGCUGGUAAAAUCUCUUCCUUUUCUGUCCUUGACACUGGGGGCAUGGCCUCCCCAUCAUCUGUCAGGUCAGGAUGACUGACGUCCUCCCGGUCCAUGCCGCUGCUCUCAGGUGCUUCUCUAAGCGCAGGCACGUGUGUGCACUUCUACCUGAAUCUUCUCACUCACACGCUUGGCCCAAGAGCUUGUCAGGCUUCCCUUCAGGUUGAGGGGAGUUCUUUCAUGCUUACGAGACUCUCUUCACAGAGUCAUGGCUUCUCACUCCACACUCUUGCUGCCCAGCUGGAGUAAGGGUCUCAGAGCCUGAGACUUGAGAAAUCCAGCUUCCUGUGGGGUUCAGGUGCCUGGGACCCGGAGAGGCCUGUGGUGCUUAAAGCAGGUGUCCUGUGGGGAAGGCUCAUGCAUAGGAACCUCCUUUGUGGCUUCAGGAGCUUCGAUUAUAUUGUUCACCUCCAAGGAAAACAGUGAUACCCAAAUUAGAGGAAAUCACAGUUCUUUUCAUGAGCUUCUACUUCUGCAUGUUGAGUUGGUGCCUUAGGAAAGGGGUGAUUGCAAUUUCCCAAAGGGAAGUCUGUCUCUAACUUUCAGUGGCUCUUUGUGAUUGCAUGACGUUGGAGGGGCAGGAUUGUAGCUAGUUUUAGACUCUGAAUUUGGUGUUGAUUGACAGACCACAUGAGAAUAGACGAGUAGAAUCAGAAUCUUAGAAUAAGUAGAGCAAAGCCUAUUCUAAAUUCUAAAUGUGCUGCCUGUCUAAAUCCUAAGGUGAAUCCCUUGUCAUACACAAAAAAUAAUUUUAUUUAUCGAAUGUGUUAUUUUCCAAGGCAAUGUAAACACUUUUUAUAAGUUACCUCUAAUGCUCCCAACAAACCAACAAAGUAGAUAUUAUUGUCCACCUUUCACAAGUGGGAAAAUAGGCUCAGAGAGGCUAAGUAUCCUCCCCAGGAUCACACAGCCAGUAUAUAUGCCAGAACAGGGGUCUGAAUCCAUGUCUGUUGGCUCUGAAGUCUUUUCUUUAUCUCGGCUCCACUUUGAAUAUUUUGCUUGAUAAGAAUACACAAGAAAAAGCCCCUUGCUCCUGGAAGAACAAAUCUGUCAGGUGAUGUAUUGAUGUGGACUGAACUUUGAUCAUGAGGUCAUCUCACUUGAUGACCUCAUGGUCAAGUUCAUUUCCCUUGGAUGGUUUGUUUUCACUUUUGCAUAUAAUUCUGUUUUUGCUGGGUCUUAUCCUCUAAAAUCCACGUGCAGGGUUCUGUUUCUAUUGUUAUCAAUCUCCCUUUUCCUCCCCAGCACCUUCCUGCCAUGUGUCCCCGCUGGUGUCAUCUUUAUUCUUUGCUGUGCUUGGGGAAUGUUUCUCGUUUUCUAACUAGGCUAAUCAUCAUCUAAAGAAUCUCAUUGUAUUGAUUUUUCAAAAAACUUUUAGGACCGUAAAUAUUGUGUUUAUACAGACAUAAAAAUAUUUGUAUAAUUGUACAGAAAAAUCAACUUUUAGAUGUUCGAAGUGUAGGAAUUUUUUUUUGGUUAGAUAAGAACAAUUUCUACUUCAAAAACUUUCCGUGCUAUAUUAGAAUAAAGUUUCUUUUUCAUCAGAAGAUGUGCUUUUGGCUGGCCGUGUCUGAGUGAGGAGUGUGGUGAAGGGUGGGCAGUGCUGUCUUCAGGGAGAACUGCAAGGGACUGGCUUUGCGCUCGGUGCCUUUUCGGGGGAGAGAGGGAUGGUUUCUUUCUUUCUUUUAAGAUUUUUAUUAAAAAUAUAGUUCGCGUACAAUAUUCUA